GAGAGAGAGAGAGAGACAGAGACAGAGAAUUUCAGAGAUCGUUUUUCCCAUCUAGGGUUUUUAGGGUUCUUCGAGUUUUCAGGUUUGAGGGAGGUUUUAUUAGUUUUGGCAUUUUUCGGAUAUGGGUGGCUCUGAGCUAGAUGGAAAUGGGACGGAGGAGGCUUUGCCACCUCCCCCUCCUAUUCCGCCACAUAUUGUUCCGAUUCAGGCCGCUGACCAGGUCCCUGCUGAGUCAGCUAAGAAGAAAAUUGUCCGUGUCCCGAUGGCUAGGCGCAACCUCGGAACUAAAGGGCAAAAGAUACCCCUGCUGACUAACCACUUUAGAGUUAAAGUGUCCAAUGUUGAGGGUCAUUUCUUCCAUUAUAGUGUCGCUCUCUCUUAUGAAGAUGGCCGUGCAGUUGAUGGAAAGGGUAUUGGAAGGAAGGUAAUUGACAAGGUCCAUGAGACGUACCGCAGUGAUUUGGCUGAUAAGGAAUUUGCCUAUGAUGGUGAGAAGAGCUUAUUUACUGUCGGGCCUCUUCCCCGUAACAAGCUCGAAUUCACUGUUGUGCUUGACGAUGUCUCAGCUGCAAGGAGCAACGGCAACCGUAGUCCUGAUGGUCAUGGUAGCCCAUCCGAGAAUGACAGGAAGAGAUUGCGCCGACAGUACCAGUCGAAAACAUUUAAAGUGGAGAUUAGCUUUGCUGCAAAAAUUCCGAUGCAAGCCAUUGGAAAUGCUCUGCGUGGUCAAGAAUCUGAGAAUUCCCAGGAAGCCCUACGGGUGCUGGAUAUCAUAUUAAGACAACACGCGUCGAAGCAAGGAUGCCUACUUGUACGCCAAUCCUUUUUUCAUAACGAUCCAAAGAAUUUCGUGGAUGUUGGAGGUGGAGUUCUUGGCUGCAGAGGAUUCCAUUCAAGUUUCAGGACAGCCCAAGAGGGACUGUCCUUAAAUAUCGAUGUAUCGACUACUAUGAUCAUUCAACCUGGCCCUGUUGUGGAUUUCUUGAUUGCCAAUCAGGGUGUGAAUGAUCCUUUUUCGCUUGACUGGAAUAAGGCGAAGCGGGCCCUCAAGAAUUUGAGGAUUAAAGUUAGUCCUUCCAAUGCAGAGUACAAAAUAACAGGGCUGAGUGACAAACCAUGCAGAGAACAGACGUUCUCUCUGAAGCAGAGAGGUGGGGAUGAUUCUGAGCCUUUGGAGGUGACUGUUUAUGACUAUUUUGUCAAUCACCGCAAGAUGAAUUUGCAAUAUUCUGAAAGUCUGCCAUGCAUCAAUGUUGGGAAGCCCAAACGGCCAACCUUUUUCCCUCUCGAGCUCUGCUCUCUGGUAUCUUUGCAACGCUAUACAAAAGCGCUCUCCACUUUUCAAAGAGCUUCACUGGUGGAGAAAUCUAGGCAGAAGCCACAGGAGCGGAUGUCAAUCUUGUCCAAUGCUUUGAAGCGUAACAACUAUGAUGCUGAGCCAAUGUUACGUUCUUGUGGUAUUGCAAUCAAUAACAAUUUCACUCAGGUCGAAGGACGUGUUCUGCCUGCUCCUAAGUUGAAAGCAGGCAACGGGGAGGAUUUUUUCCCCCGGAAUGGUAAAUGGAAUUUCAAUAAUAAGAAACUAGUGCAACCAACUAAGAUAGAAAGGUGGGCUGCGGUUAACUUUAGUGCACGUUGUGAUGUAAGAAGCCUUGUUAGUAAUCUCAUCAAGUGCGGGGAGAUGAAGGGUGUCCUCAUGAAGGAACCUUUCGAUGUCUUUGAAGAACCUGGAAAUUUAAGACGUGCCCCGCCCUUGGUUCGAGUGGAGAAAAUGUUUGAGGAAAUUAAGUCUAGGCUUCCUGGGCAACCGGAGUUUCUCCUUUGUUUGCUUCCAGAGAGGAAAAACUGUGAUCUUUAUGGACCCUGGAAAAGGAAGAAUCUUUCUGAAGUUGGAAUUGCGACUCAGUGCAUUGCUCCUACAAAUAGGAUCAAUGACCAAUACCUAACCAACGUGCUUCUAAAGAUAAAUGCAAAGCUUGGUGGGUUAAAUUCAAUGCUAGCUAUUGAACGUACUACUAUGAUACCUCUGGUUUCCAAAGUUCCAACAAUUAUCCUGGGAAUGGAUGUCUCACAUGGCUCUCCUGGGCAGUCUGACAUACCAUCGAUAGCUGCGGUGGUUAGCUCUAGGGAGUGGCCGUUGAUUUCACGUUACAGGGCUGCUGUUCGCACACAAUCACCCAAGGUGGAAAUGAUUGACUCACUGUUUAAGCUGGUAUCUGAAACUGAGGAUGAAGGUAUCAUGAGGGAGGUUCUACUGGAGUUCUAUACCAGCUCAGGAAAACGGAAACCUGAUCAGAUCAUCAUUUUCAGGGAUGGAGUGAGUGAAUCGCAAUUCAACCAAGUACUGAACAUCGAGCUUGAUCAAAUCAUUGAGGCGUGCAAGUUUCUGGAUGAGAAUUGGAACCCUAAGUUUGUGGUGAUUAUUGCACAAAAGAAUCACCAUACAAAGUUCUUCCAGCAACAAUCUCCUGACAAUGUUCCACCAGGAACCAUUAUAGACAACAAAAUUUGUCAUCCGCGGAACAAUGACUUUUACCUUUGUGCACAUGCUGGCAUGAUUGGGACAACGAGGCCUACCCAUUAUCAUGUUCUGUAUGAUGAGGUUGGGUUUUCAGCUGAUGAUCUGCAGGAACUUGUUCAUUCUCUCUCAUAUGUUUACCAGAGAAGCACAACUGCCAUUUCUGUCGUUGCCCCGAUCUGCUAUGCCCACCUGGCAGCCUCCCAGGUGGGGCAAUUCAUGAAAUUUGAUGAUAGCUCCGACACGUCGUCGAGCCAUGGCGGGCUGACGGCUCCCGGAGUUCCCCCUGUGCCCCAACUCCCCAGGUUGCAGGAAAAUGUGUCCAACUCAAUGUUUUUCUGCUGAGGCAGUUGGCUCUCUGAUCCGAGCUUUAAUUUGACGCUUUUGAAGACUCUUUUAUAUGUACAUAUAAAUUUCCAUGGUUUUUGGUAUGGCCAAACCACCUUUUAAAA